AUGGAUCCCCUGGACAGAGCUCAAGUACUCCUCCUCUGUGACCUGUGUGAAAAAGCUGCAUUACAGAGUCAUUGUGAACUUUGUCAGAUUAACCUGUGUAAGACUUGUGUAGGGGAACAUCUCUCUGAUUCAUUAAAACGACAUAAUGUUGUACCAUACAAACAUAGAACUCCUAACUAUCCAAAAUGCCCAGAACACACCCAGAAAUAUUGCGAACUUUACUGUGAGAAAUGUGACAUUCCUGUCUGUUCUACCUGCAUCUCCUCUGGGAAACACGAUGGGCAUAAACUAAAAGAUAUCCUGGAAAGACCAGGCUUGAUAAAAGAAAUUUUGAAAAGGGAUUUGGAAGACCUAGAGGAAAUAAUAUAUCCUACUUAUGCAGAAAUUGCCUCAGAUUUAAACUCUGAAAAACUAAGCAUGGAAAAACAUUACGAUAAACUGACAACAGCUGUCACAAAACAAGGAGAAGACUGGCACAAUGAAAUUAACGACAUUGUCAAGAAACAGAAAUCUGAAAUUGAGGAGAUGAGAUCUAAAUCGUUGGCUGUUCUGAAUAAAAAGGGAAGAGAAAUUGAACAGAUUUUAUCUGAUGUAAAAGAAAGUUUGUUUAAUCUGAAGAAAAUAUUAAAUUCAAAUGAUGACUCUCUAGCAUCUGCCUACAAAUCCAGGAAUGCUGAAUUCAGAAAUUUGCCUCAUAAAGUCCAUAUAUCAUUUCCAAGUUUCUCUCCUUAUCAAAUCAACACAGAACAACUCAAUCAAAUGAUUGGUUCUCUAUCAGCAUUAUCCAUUACAACAGAUGAUCAUGGCUACACAUUAAAGACCAAGGAACCAGCUGUAUUCUGUCCUCCGAUCAAACGACUGCUUAAUAGAGCAGAACUCGUCACCACAAUAAUCACUAGGUAUUAUAUAUACAGUGUUAUUUGUCUCAGUAAUGAUGAAAUCUGGACAUGUGGUGACAGAAUCAUGAAACUCUACAACAUCCAUGGCAAAUCUCUGAAGUCAAUCCAAACCAACUCAGAGAACAAACCACGUGACAUAGCAGUAACAAGGAGUGGGGAUCUAGUUUAUACUGAUCCUGAUGCAAGAACUGUAAACAUAGUGAAGAAUGACCAGAUAAAGGAAGUGAUUAGACUACAGGGGUGGACACCUUACUAUAUCUGUAUUACCUCCUCUGGUGACCUCUUAGUGACCAUGGACAGUGAAGAUGAUGAACAAUCAAAAGUUGUCCGUUACUCUGUUUCCAGACAGAAUCAAACCAUUCAGUAUGGUAGUGAAGGUAAACCUCUGUAUUCAUCUAGUACCUACACUAAAUACAUCAGUGAAAACAGGAAUAUGGAUAUCUGUGUGGCUGACUAUACAGCCCAAGCAAUAGUGGUUGUUAAUCAGACAGGAAAACUCCGAUUUAGAUACACUGGUCAUCCCUCUGCUACCAAGAGAUCAUUUAAUCCUUUCGGCAUUUCAACAGACAGCCUUAGUCAGAUUCUGACAGCAGACUAUAAUACACAAUGUAUUCACAUCCUAGAUCAGGAUGGAAAGUUCCUCCGUUACAUUGAUCAUAAUGAUUACUGUGAUUUACGGCAUCCAUGGGGUUUAUGUGUAGACACCAAGGACAACUUAUUUGUGUCUGACGCAAACGGUGGAAAAGUGAGGAAAAUUAAAUACAUGCAAGCAGUGGUUUAA